GGAGGAGGCUUUGGCAUCAAAGUACAAGGAUGACCCCUCACCCAUCACACAUUUUGUCAUUUGAGACAAAAUAAACCACUCCCUCUCACCCCUAUCACCAAGCUCGACCAAGACCUCAAGAAAAGAAGAGGAAAAGCUCUCAAAACCACCUCCAUUGUUGCAGCACGAGCUCAAGAGAAAUUGGUCCAAGGAAGGAGGUUUGAGAAGGAAAAAGUUAGGAAAAGUGUGAAUAAUUAAGGAACUUGUGAAAGGUAUUUCAAGUGAUUUCACAAAGUUGGAAAAGUCGCCGGAGUUGUCGCCGGAGUUGACCAAAAGUCACCGGAGUUUCACCGGAGUUCAACCAAGAAGGGUAGAACUUCUUAACGCUAGUUCAAGGUUGAAGCUAGGGCUUGCUACCUGCACCUUUCUACGGGUGACAUCAAUCAAGGAAGACGUGAAAUGGAGGGCAGGCGAAUGCGGACCAGGAACAAUCCGAGGGGGCAGGCGCCGGUAACAUCCCAAAGGGGAAGCCGGGCUGCAUCUCGGGGUUCAAGAGGAGGCCGUGGAGGCCGUGGAAGCCGUGGAGGUCAUCAAGCUCAAACUGUGAGUGAUGGCCAUGUAAGCUCGGUGUAUGAAACCAACACCGAGGAUUAUGACUCUACGUAUGUUCCUGAGACAGAGCAUGAGGAGACCCCAUAUGAUGGGGGUGACACAUACACCGAUGAGGACAAUGAUGAAAGUGAUGCCCGCUUCGCCCAAAUGGGUGAAUUACUUGAGUGGUAUCAAAAGGAGAAACUGAGGAGAGACCUUAGGCGCCAAGCGAGGCGUGGCUCUCGUGGUGGUUCGGGUCAAGGGAGCCGGGGAGCUUCCGUGGCCACCCCAGCGGCGUCACAAGGUGGGCGUGAAGGAGGUUUUGUUGUGAGAAUCUCCAAGUACCUCAAGGAGGCUAGGGCCUUGGGGUGUAGGUCCUUUGACGGCACCGGUGACAUUACCGUUGCCGCCGAUUGGAUUAAGAAGGUGAAGGAUGCGUCAAGAGACAUGCAAAUCACACCGGACGUGAAGUUGACUGUCGCUUCACGGCUACUUGAAGGGAUAGCCUCUACGUGGUGGGAGAGCGUGGAAGGGAAGUACCAUGGGGAAAUAACAUGGGCGGACUUUGAGCUAGAGUUCUAUGCUCAAUACUACUCCGAGUACGAGGUGAAUGUGAAACGGAGAGAGUACACUAACCUCAAACAGAAAGAUGGCGGCACGGUUAAGC